CCCCGCCCCGGCCCGCCCCGCCCCGUCCGCCGGCCCCGGCCCGGUCUCGCCUCGCCACCACCGCCAGCAGCCGCAGCAGCGGAGGCAGCGGCGCGCCCCGCCACCAUGAAGGUGACCGUGGACUUCGAGGAGUGCCUGAAGGACUCGCCGCGCUUCAGGGCAGCUUUAGAAGAGGUAGAAGGAGAUGUGACGGAGCUGGAACUGAAACUUGACAAGCUGGUGAAGCUUUGCAUUGCAAUGAUUGAUACUGGGAAAGCAUUUUGUACAGCCAACAAGCAGUUCAUGAAUGGAAUUCGAGACCUUGCACAAUAUUCCUGUAAAGAUCCAUUGGUUGAGACCAAUUUGAUGAAGUUCUCUGACACCUUACAGGAAAUGAUCAAUUAUCAUAAUAUUCUAUUUGACCAAAUCCAAAGAUCAAUUAAAACACAGCUUCAGACCUUUGUUAAAGAAGAUAUUAGGAAAUUUAAAGAUGCAAAGAAACAGUUUGAAAAAGUGAGUGAAGAAAAGGAGAAUGCUCUGGUGAAAAAUGCCCAAGUUCAAAGAAAUAAGCAACAUGAGGUAGAGGAAGCCACCAAUAUUUUGACUGCAACACGAAAGUGUUUUCGACACAUAGCUCUGGAUUAUGUUCUUCAGAUCAAUGUUCUUCAAUCAAAAAGGAGAGCAGAAAUCUUAAAAUCGAUGUUAUCAUUUAUGUAUGCACAUCUGGCUUUUUUCCAUCAAGGCUAUGAUCUGUUUAGUGAACUUGAGCCCUACAUGAAAGAGCUUGGUGCACAGCUGGAUCAGUUGGCUGUAGAUGCUGCAAAGGAGAAGAGAGAUAUGGAGCAAAAGCACUCCACUAUUCAACAAAAGGAUUAUUCCAGUGAUGAUGCUAAACUAGAAUACAAUGUAGAUGCAGCCAAUGGCAUUGUUAUGGAAGGUUAUUUAUUCAAGCGAGCCAGCAAUGCCUUCAAGACUUGGAACAGGCGCUGGUUCUCAAUACAAAAUAACCAACUUGUGUACCAGAAGAAGUUUAAGGAUAAUCCCACAGUAGUUGUUGAAGACUUGCGGCUCUGCACAGUUAAACACUGUGAAGACAUAGAAAGACGUUUCUGUUUUGAGGUGGUUUCUCCAACAAAGAGCUGCAUGCUUCAGGCCGACUCGGAAAAGCUGCGGCAGGCAUGGAUUAAGGCUGUUCAGACCAGUAUUGCCACAGCAUAUAGAGAAAAAGGGGAUGAAUCUGAGAAACAGGAAAAGAAGUCAUCCCCUUCUACUGGGAGCCUAGAAUCUGGGAGUGAGACAAAAGAGAAGCUGUUGAAAGGAGAGAGUGCUCUGCAGCGAGUCCAGUGCAUUGCUGGUAAUGCUGCCUGCUGUGACUGUGGUUUGGCAGAUCCUCGCUGGGCCAGCAUCAACCUGGGAAUCACACUGUGCAUCGAGUGCUCUGGGAUACACAGGAGCUUGGGAGUCCACUUUUCAAAAGUAAGAUCUUUAACGUUGGAUUCAUGGGAACCUGAACUACUAAAGCUUAUGUGUGAAUUGGGAAAUGAUGUUAUAAAUAGAAUAUAUGAAGCGAAGUUGGAAAAAGUGGGAGUAAAGAAGCCACAAUCUGGAAGUCAAAGGCAGGAGAAGGAGGCAUACAUCAGAGCAAAAUAUGUGGAAAGAAAGUUUGUAGAGAAGCAAGCUGCAUCAGUACCUCUGCCUGAGCCUGGAACAAAAGUUUUGCCUCCAAGUGAGGAAGAGAAAAGGCACAGUGGCCCUGAAAAAUCUCUUUUGGCAAGGGAACAAGGUGCAGCAUCCCAAAAAGUCCGAAGCAGUGACAGUGGGAUCCAGCCAAGCACUGAUGACAGCAGAGAACACCUUGCCUCUACUAUAUCAGCCAACAGUUUGUAUGAACCAGAAGGAGACAAGCAAGAGUCUCCAGUUUUCUGUGACUACAAGCAGCCUAGUCCAGGAUUGCAGUUGUAUCAAGCUGCCUUUGAGAAAAAUCUUCCUCACAUGGCAGAAGCAUUGGCUCAUGGAGCUGAAGUAAACUGGGUCAACAUGGAAGAAAACAAAGCAACACCACUCAUUCAGGCAGUGCGAGGGGGUUCACUGGUUACUUGUGAAUUUUUGCUGCAGAAUGGGGCCAACGUGAACAUCAGAGACAUGAAAGGAAGGGGGCCCCUGCACCAUGCCACAGUUCUAGGACACACUGGACAAGUGUGCUUAUUCCUAAAACGAGGAGCAAACCAGCAUGCCACUGAUGAAGACGGGAAAGAUCCAUUGAGUAUAGCAGUGGAAGCUGCAAAUGCAGAUAUUGUAACACUGUUGCGUUUAGCAAGGAUGAAUGAAGAAAUGCGUGAAUCAGAAGGACUCUAUGGGCAGCCAGGAGAUGAAAUUUAUCAGGACAUUUUUCGUGACUUUUCUCAAAUGGCAUCAAAUAAUCCAGAGAAGUUAAACCGCUUCCAGCAGUCAGAUUCCCAGAAGUCUUAAGUGUCAAGAAGGAAAAGAACCUGAAGCUUAUAGUGCAAGUCUUUUUUUACUUUAACAGAAUGAAUUGUAUGCAUUUUGUUAGAUAGUUUGGAUAAAAUGACCACUCCAAUGUAGCUUUAGAUUGUGGUAGCUGGGGAAGUGUAUGAGUUGGUUUAUGUUCUACAGUACAUAUACCUCAGCAGCUGAAGAUGUUUCAAAGCCUGAGUCCCUGCUAGCUGAGUGCAAAGCAGCCCCUGUUCCACGCCCAACGUUUGCAGCUCGCACUCGGGGGUGGCAGAGCACGGCUGGAGCGCUGCGGGCUCCGACCGCAGGGUGGUCACAGCAGCUUUGCCACCCAGGGUCAUCCACUGCCCUCUGUCCCCCUGUCACCAUAAAGAAUGUGCCUCUGACAAGAAGGUCUGGGUUGCAUUUUCUGGGACUGUUUGGAAGGGAAUUUGGGUAAUGAUUUACUGAGUUGUCCUUCCAUUUGUGGGACUGCAGCUCAACAGAUUCUCUUGUUCCUGCGGUGACUGUAGUUAGAGGUAGGCUGUAACAGAUGUGAUAACUCCUGCUCUUCUGCAAGCUCUUUCACACUGGGAGCUCUAGCACCAGGCUGGUCUUUAUGCUGGUGACUGCAGGUCAGUCACAAAGGGAUAUAUCCUGGGGACCAAAUUCCUAAGAGCAGUCCAUUUUCCUUUUUUUUUCUUUUCCUCUUAAACUUUCAGUGCAGCAAGUAUCCUUCUAAAUGAGCAUUGGAACCUUUCAUGGAAAAUAAACAAUCCUUUUGGACA